AUGGCCACGGUGGAGCAGCAGCAGCAGAUCGAGCACAGCCACCUCGCCAUCAGAGGCCUCAGCCUCCACGUAGCGCAAGCAGGCACAGGCGAGCUCGGGACGGUGCUGUUCCUGCACGGCUUCCCGGAGAUAUGGUACUCGUGGCGCCACCAGAUGCUGGCCGUGGCCGCCGCCGGGUACCGCGCCAUCGCGCCGGACUGGCGGGGGUAUGGCCUCUCCGACCAGCCACCGGAGCCGGAGGCGGCGGCCUACAGCGACCUGACAGAGGAUCUCCUCGCCGUCCUGGAUGCGCUCUCCGUCCCCAAGGCUUACCUUGUGGCAAAGGAUUUCGGAGCCAUGCUAGCUUAUGAUUUUGCUCUUCGUCACCCCAGCCGCACAUGCGGCGUUAUGUGUUUGGGCAUCCCAUUUCUUCACGGUGGCUCCUCCUUCACUGCCAUGCCCGAAGGCUUCUAUAUACUGCCUUGUGCUUUGCAGGAACCAGGAAGAGCAGAGGCAGACUUUGGCAGGUAUGACGUCAAGCGAGUCGUGCGCACCAUCUACAUUCUCUUCUCUAGAAGCGAAAUCCCGAUAGCGAAGGAAGAUCAAGAAAUCAUGGAUCUCGCGGACCUGUCGACUCCCCUUCCAGAGUGGUUCACUGAGGAGGAUCUUGCAAUCUACACGUCCCUCUAUGAGAAGUCUGGUUUCGUGUAUCCACUGCAGAUGCCAUACAGGUCUCUCCAUAAGAGGCAACCAAUUGAAGACCCAAAAUUCGAAGUCCCGGUGUUCGUCGCCAUGGGGGAGAAAGACUACGUGAUCAAGUUCCCCGGGGUCGAGGCCGUGUUGAAAAAUGGCACCAUGGAGAAGUUUGCGCCGGAUCUGAAGAUCACCUACAUCCCUGAAGGAAGCCAUUUCGUUCAGGAGCAGUUCCCGGACAAGGUCAAUGAGUUCCUCCUUGGCUUCUUGAAGGACCAUCCUGUGGCUUGA